AUGAUUGGUUCUAUACUUCAAACAAUUGUUCAACAAACAAAUUUAUAUGCUCAACAAAAAAGUGUUGAUAUCAACACAAGCAUUGAAGAAAUAAAAGCAUUUAUUGGAAUAUUGAUUUUUAUGGGUUACCAUAGCCUACCUAGCAUCAGGUUAUAUUGGUCAAAUGAUCCUAAUUUUUUCUGCGAACGUGUGGCCAAAAUCAUGCCUGUAAAAAGGUUUUUGAAAAUUCUACGGUUACUUCAUCUUAAUGAUAAUUCCCAAAUGCCAUCAAGAAAUUCUUUGGAAUUUGAUAAGUUGUAUAAAAUUCGUCCUAUGAUAACACACUUGAAAGAUAUUUAUCAAUCUGUAUAUCGUCCAUCAAGGUACUUGGCAGUUGAUGAAAGUAUGGUAGCAUAUAAGGGUCGUUCCACUAUGAAACAAUAUAUGCCCAUGAAACCUAUUAAAAGGGGUUUUAAAAUAUGGGCAUUGGCUGAUUCUUAUAGUGGUUUUUUACUGAAUCUCGACAUAUACACUGGAAAAAAAUCAAAUGGAAUACCUGAGUAUGGACUAGGAGAAAAUGUUGUGUUAUACUUGACCAAAAAAUUGAAAAACUUAUUUUAUUGUGUUUUUUUUGAUAAU